GCAGACUCUAGUAAAACCGUACCCGUACUCUAGGGCGUGGAAAUCUGGAAAUGGUUAGUGGAAAAUCAGUAUCGUUCAAAACACAUCAGAGAUCGAAUUAGCCCUGCUCCACUUUCGACAUGCCCCACUUCGCUCCAACAUCAAAGGCUAUAAUGGGGAGGUGACCCACUAAGCAGAAACGAUGUCCAUGGAUGCCGAGCGACAGUUCCUGUGCCCCCGGCUCAUAGACUAUCUCACUAUAGUCGGGGCGCGCUACAGCAAUAAUCCUUCUAGGCCGAACACCACUCCGCACAUUCAGAUACCAGAGCUCCUCCGCCGCUACCCCAUCCAAGACCACAAAGACUUCCCCAUGCCUCUGGACAUGGUGUAUUUCUGCCAGCCGGAGGGCUGCUCCUCGGUGGGACCGAGGAGGACGGCCCUUCGAGAGGCCUCUUCUUUCGUCUUCACCCUCACGGACAAGGACUGCGGCAAGACGCGGUACGGCGUCUGCGUCAACUUCUACAGGCCCAUCGAGAGGGCGCAGGGGGGUGGGAAGCUGAACAAGGGGGGCACGAACAUCAGUCUGCGGAGGGACUCGUGGAGGAAGAGCAUGGAGAAGAGCUCGGAUUCGGCUUUCUCGAGUGAUUACAGAAGUAGCAACGUGGGACCUAGUGACUCGGAUCAUAGCAGGAGAGAUUCCGAAUCGACAGCAGUGAAUUUACCAAGAUUAGGUGUCAUUCCUGCGAAUGAUUCAGAGAGUGGGGGUAGUCUUACUCCUUCUCCAAGAGCAACUCGUCGUCGUCAGCGGAUCAGGAAUCUUUCACUUACAUCUCUAUGCAUUCUCUCCCACCAUCCGUUCUUUUCCAUGUUCAGGGAAUGCUUGUUCAUACUGAAGAAACUUAUAGACGCCUGCAAUGAAUCAUCUAAUCCUAGAAGAGUUGGUGGUUCCAAACAGUCAUCUAGAGAUAAUGUUUGGAGUGUGCUGACUGGGAAUGCCACUGACUCUACCUCUUCAAUUGUUCUACACGACGUGAAAGAAAUUGAGACUUGGAUACUCAAACUACUAUCGUCACCAGUGCCAAUACCAGGAAAAACGAAAGUUGAGGUUGAAGUACUGUCACCUAGUGUAUACGAUCCUCUCGUGUUUGCCUUACCAAGCCAUACUAGGUUUAGUUUAGUUGAUUUUCCGUUACAUCUACCUCUAGAGUUACUUGGGGUGGAAACGUGUUUGAAAGUGUUAACGAUAAUACUGCUGGAAAAUAAGAUUGUAUUCCAAUCGAGAGACUACAAUGCUUUGUCAAUGUCUGUGAUUGCUUUUGUAACUAUGAUAUAUCCAUUAGAGUAUAUGUUUCCGGUAAUUCCCUUACUACCUACGUGUAUGAACUGUGCGGAACAGCUCCUACUUGCCCCAACGCCUUUUGUUAUUGGUCUUCCGGCUAGUUUUUUAUUAUAUAAGAAAAACUUCAGGUUACCUGACGAUGUCUGGCUGGUUGAUUUGGACUCAAAUAAACUAAUAUCUCCUCAAGAGAUUCCUCCUCUGCCGGAGCCCGAAGGAACUAUACUCAAAAAUCACUUGAAGCAGGCAAUGCAACUCAUGGAUCAAGUUGGCACUGGAGCUGUUGGCAAUUUAACAACCCCUAGUGCAACUUCACAGCAACUUCAGCCUUCUAGAAGAGAAAGCCUUGCAUCACCGAAUACUCUCAGCGUUUCUAAAAGUAGGUCACCAGAGAUGGAUGUGUCUCCCAAUCUUUCACCUGUGCUGGGUAACGUUCAGCAAAGAUUAUCAUUGACGCCGCAAGUACCUUACAUGCCUCCACCAAGGCUGCCAACCAAUCAGCCUGGAUUCAAUCCGUUCAUCUACGGAAAUGACAUUGAUUCGGUGGAUGUAGCUACUAGAGUUGCCAUGGUACGUUUUUUCAACUCGCAGAACCUCCUGGCCAACUUUACCGAGCACACGCGAACUCUUCGGCUCUACCCGCGCCCUGUGGUCGCCUUCCAGAUCAACAGCUUCCUCAGGUCCCGGCCCAGGGCCUCCCAGUUCCUCAACAAAUUCGCCCGUACGCAGGCGGUGGAGUUCCUCGCCGAGUGGUCGCUCACCCCUACCAACGUCGCUUUCCAGAGGGUGCAUACAGGGGUGUUCGACCCCGCCCUGAUUGGCGAUAAGGCCAAGUGGUUCGUGCAUACGUUGGAGCCCAUAAAGUUCGUGGUGUGGGACGAUGGAAGUUCGUUGAACGGGGCGCUGCGGAGCGUUCACACCACGGAAAACCAACCGACCGACGAGAGUGGCUCGGAUUCCGAAGAAGCUGAUAGCACUAGUUCUAGCUACUCGUCGCUGAGUGAUUUCGUCUCGGAGAUGGCUUCUUCCGAUCUGUCGCCCGGGUAUUCUUCGUACCAGGAGCAGAGGAAGGCUUCAGCGCUGAACAUGUCGUUCUCUUCUAGUAUCGAUGUCGGCACGGUAUAUAAACCUCCUUCUGAGCUACAGUAUCCUGGAGGUGAGGUUCCACAAGCCAGGUCGGAGUCGCCGCAGUCAUCGUCAUCUAGUGAUUCUGAUCUCAGUUCACCGUCGUUCAACAGGGAUUCUGAGCUGGAAUUCGUCGGCAGGGCGAAGAACGAGCAGGUCAGCGCCGUCAAGACCGCCUUCGACGAGUCGGGCAGCUUCGAGAACGAGUCUGACUCGAACUCGACCGCCACCCCUAAGACGGUGGUGAGCUCGACCGCUGGCAGGCCGACGUCACCUGGAAGUGAGACGGACAGACCUGGAACUCCACGCAAGGGACGGAGAUCCAUAACUCCGGUCCCCCCGAUCCCGCCGUCUCUGGUGAAGCAGCCCAGCGUGGGCAACGUGCUAGCGCCUGCACGCAGGUCCAGCAUCAGCUCCUCGGGCAACGACAGCCCGCCGCCGCCGGCGUCGUCAAGCAGCAGCGUCUCGGGCGUCGCGCGCCAGAACUCGCAAAGCUCGCUGUUCGAGCAGUUCGCGUCGCAGGCCAAGGAGCUGGUCAGGGAGACGACGCGCCAGACCAGCCAGGACAGCUUGAUGGCGCAGAUGGACAAGCUGAAAACACAUGCCAAAGAAAAACUAACAGAAGCAGAAGACAGUCACUUAUUUGCACCACUAGAUAAGCUUACUUCUCAUGCGAAAAAAGCUGCCGAAGAAGCAACAAAAAGCGUGCAGGUAGCAGGAAAAAGUGCAAUAGAAGCCAGUAAAACCGCCACCGCCAUGAGCAAGAAUACUUUCGAUGAUUUGACGUAUGUUGGGAAGACGACACUUGGUGAUUUGACGAAAAGUGCCAAAGAUGCCGUUUCUAAAAAAGGACUUCUGCGGAUGGAUUCAUUCUCUAAAUCGGACCCGCCCGUCAACCCGAACACCUCCCUGGUGGCCUCCUCCCACGUCCUCACAGGCGCCAGCAGGGAGUUCUUCUCCAACAUCAGCUCCGACAUCAACGGCCUGGCCACCAGCACCAGCAACAUCUUCUCCGACUUCUUCGGCUCGAAGAAGGAGCAGCAGCGAGCGAGCGAACAAGCCCCGCAAGGGCCGAAGGGCAAGGAGCCGGCGAAGGGCAUGUUCGGGCCGUUCCACAGGGGCCCGAAGGGACUGGCCGAGAAGAGUCCCUUGAUCAAGCACUCGCCCAGGAAGCAGGACGACCAGUGGAAGCAGGCGGUCGAUAAGAACGCGACGAAUAACGAGAACCAGGCGUUCUUGAAGGAUGUGGUGACUAGCGUGUUAGAUGGCGAAGGUGUCGGAUGGCUCAAACUCAACAGGUUGAAGAAGCUCAUGGAAGACGAAUCUUACCGAAACUUUGUCCUCAGCAAACUGAACAAAACUUUAGAUAGAAAAAUUGCACCAGAUGAUCACAUAGACGAUGUGUGUAUGCCGAAACCUGUUUGGAAGGGUAUGCUGAAAGUGAUUCAAGCCAUUGUCCAUGGCUUGGAAGUGACCUACGGAAAUUAUGGCUUGGGAGGCAUGGCGUCAGCUUUUCAACUGUGCGAGAUCGCUCAUACUCAUUAUUGGUCGAAGGAUAUGACUGAAUAUGGACACGACCUCACUGAGAGUUCGAGUCCAAGAUCUCCUCAAAGUCCGAGAUACUCUUUGCAAUCGUCUGACUGGGAAGUGUCAAGGAAAUCUUCGCAAACAGAGCCUCCAGAAGUUCGUCUGAUUGGUGAUGAACUACUCGAGAAAGAACAGUCAGCUUCUACAACAGAUAUGCUCAAAGAUAUGCUCACACAGAAAAAGAACAUACUCUUCAGCAAACUGACAUCUUUCGAUUCUGAUGCUGACAACAACGCCCUCGGUUCAGGCGGUAACGUAUCGCCCUCUGCCGGCUCGAUCACGAUGGGGCCCGCCUGCAACCUGAACAGGGGCGGGAAUCAGUCUUCCUUUCGGUCCACCGUUUCUGACACCGAAGUCGAAACCUUGCAGUUCACCAAGCUGCCGAAACAGCGCGCCUCCAGCGUGUGGUCGAGCAAGUCGUCCCUGAGCGCCGGCUUCCGCUACCACGGCGGCCAUCUUGUCGACACGGCGCCGGCCGCGAGCCCAGAGGCGGCGCGCACGUAUCUCUUCGAGGGGCUGUUGGGACGGGAACGGUCGCCGCUGUGGGACCAGAUGCAGUUCUGGGAGGACGCGUUCUUGGACGCGGUGUCGCAGGAGCGGGACAUGAUCGGGAUGGAUCAAGGACCCCGUGAAAUGAUGGAACGCUACAAGAGCCUGAGCGACACAGAAAGAAAGAGACUAGAGCACGAGGAAGACAAGUUGCUGGCCACGCAGCUGUACAACCUGACAGCCAUUCACGUCAUGCUCAACAUCAAUAAGGAGGAGAUCAGGAGGAAGAUCCGCCGGCUGCUGGGAAAGAGCCACAUAGGCAUGGUGUACAGCCAGGAGGUCAACCUGUUGCUGGAUCAGAUCCAGAAUCUGAAUGGCAAUGAUAUCGAUCUGAAACCUCUUGGCUCUCGACUUUUACAUAGGCAAAGUUUCACUGUCCAUCAAGGAGUGGAUUGUACAGGUGAAUUGAGGUUCAUGGAAGUGAGAGACGACGGCUUGGUUCUGCGAUCGGUAACUGGAGUUAUAGUAGAAAGAUGGUGGUUUGAAAGGCUCGUGAACAUGACCUACAGCCCCAAAAAUAAGGUGCUAUGCUUAUGGAGGAGAAAUGGUCAACAAACGCAGCUGCAUAAGUAUUAUACCAAAAAGUGUAAGCAAUUGUACUAUUGCAUCAAGGAGGCAAUGGAACGUGGCGGUGUUGCCGGUACAGCGCCCGAGUUGGGAGGUGAGUUUCCGGUGCAGGACAUGGCAACGGGGGAGGGAGGCCUCCUCCAGGUCUGCAUGGAGGGGGUCGGACUGCUAUUCGCCAACAGCAAGUUUUUCGUCAGGAUUGCUCAUAUCAGGAAGUGUUUCACCCAGAAAGGAAACAUUUUCGUUAUAGAAGAAUUCAAUCCUAAAACACGACAUAUGAUUCAGAGAAGAUACAAGUCACCCAUGGCUACCCACAUCUUGCAUAUUUUACUCAGGAUAUUUUCCAUUUGCAUGGCACAUCAAAUUGUAGACAGUACACUCACCCCUACUGCAUGACCCAGCAUGGAGCGGAUCAAAUCUGCUACUCAGUGCUGUGCGUGUUCUCCUACGUGGCAGCGGGACACGAAAAAACCCACAUCAACGCCCCCAAGAAGCCGCCGUCAGUUCCCGCCUCCCAGCUCCCCUUAUCUACGUGCCUCAUACCCCCUAUUUCCCCAGAAGAACUCCCACCCAGCCCACAGCACUUCGCACCACCCACGUCCAGCCCACAACACUCGGUACUGCCCCCGCCCAACCCACAACACUCGGUACCACCCUCGCCCAACCCACAAACAGUUCCGGUGACGCCAGUGGGCGGUCCUCCAAAGUAUCCGCCCCCCGCCUUGCCACCGGGCGUGGCUCCGCCGGCCCCGCCUCCUGGGGCGAGGGUUCUGACCAGUCAGCUGUCGUUGCCGGCCGGGAAACCACCUCCUAUUCCCAGUAGGACGGUCUCUCCGAGGCAGUUUUCGGUAACUCAGCCCCCGCAACCGCCCCCUAGGCCGAAGUGACGUCAUAGAAGGUAUUCGAUACCGUUUGUUUAUGGAGGGAAUUGCAGAGGACCCUCUUGCCUUCCUUGGGUGUGAGCAAUGGAGUUAGGGAAAUUAAUGUACACAAUAGAAGAAAGAGAGAAUAUUUUACUAUGUUUUAGGAGAUAGAACGUCAUGUACACACUUAUGCUCAGUUUCUGAUGAAAUAUUGUAGAUUCAUCGAAUGAUUCACCAAGAGUUUUCAAUUGUCUUCUGGAAUUCGUACAGCUUGUCAAACCUAUCAGAUGAAUUUAUGACUUAUUCUCAUACCAAGAAAUGGAAUGUCAACAAGAAGUGAAAUUCGGAUGAAACCAUUCACAUUUUGUUUACCAGAUUUCGAUCUCAUUCCAAGUAGUAGCAGCUACACCGCGGGUGUCCGGGGGAUCUUUUCAUACAGCCAAUAUCUCAGUUAUGCUGGUUGAACAGAAAACAAAAACUUCUGUUUAUCGAAGCCAAAUGACUAUGAAGUCAUUGUGUUAAAGUUAAAUUCUUUCAAACUACCUCUGGAAAGCCACCCGAACUUUAAUU